AUGGUUGCCUCCAUAACUGCCAAGGGUUCAUCGGAUAUGCACCCGCACCACGAUGGGCGCAGCCUACCUGUGGCUGAAGAGUUGGCUGCUGAGGCAAGGCUGCUCUUGAAAACCACCAGCAAGGCUUAUGACUCAAUCUUCGGAGUUGGCUCCAUGAGCUGCUCGGUCUAUGAUACAGCCUGGGUCUCACUUGUUAUGAAGACUGAAGAUGGUUCUUCUCGCUGGCUCUUCCCAGAAUCCUUCUACUACCUUCUCAGCACCCAAGCUUCUGAUGGAAGCUGGGGAGGCUCUGAUUCCCAAAUUGAUGGCAUCUUGAGCACUGCUGCCUCACUCUUGUCUCUUCUCAGGCAUUCCUCUGCUCCAUUGCAACUUUCUCAUAUCGAUAUGGAUAUCCUGAAGGAUCGUACUGCGAAGGCCGAGGUUUCGCUUCACUCCCAGCUGCGAUCGUGGUGCGUCGCAUCCACUGUUCACGUGGGGUUUGAGGUCAUUGUCCCAGCUCUUCUUGAACUGUUAAGCAAAGAGAAUCCGUCGCUGCAGUUCAGCUUUGCUGAGCGGAAGGAGCUCGAAAGGCUUAACGCGACUAAGCUUUCUCGCUUUAAGCCUGAGUAUCUUUACACAGAUCAUAAAUCAACUAUCAUUCACUCGCUAGAGGCAUUCAUAGGCAAGUUGGACUUUGACAAAGUCGCUCAUCACAAAGCCUAUGGAUCCAUGAUGGGAUCACCGUCAUCAACCUCCGCCUAUUUGAUGAACGCCUCACAAUGGGAUAAUGAGGCAGAGGAGUAUCUAAGGCAUGUGGUACAGCACGGCGAUGGGAAAGCUAAUGGGGGAGUACCAAGUGCAUUUCCGUCGACGUAUUUCGAAUACAGCUGGGUUCUAUCGACGUUGCUCACAUCUGGGUUUUCACCUGCGGAACUCGAGAGUACGGAGCUAAAACACAUGGCUGAGGUUCUUGGCCACGCUCUCAAGGAUGGGCAGGGCGUGAUUGGAUUUGCUCCACGCUUCAUGGCCGAUGUUGAUGAUACAGCAAAGACAUUGAUCUGCCUCAAACAACUUGGUGAGAAGGUGGACCCGGGAAAGAUGAUUGAAACGUUUGAGUCCCAGACACACUUCAAAACAUAUGAAUCCGAGAGGAAUCCAAGUUUCAGCGCCAAUUGCAACGCUCUGCUGGCGCUGCUCUAUCAAGAGGGUCCCCAACAGUAUUCGUCUCAAGUUUUCAAGAUGGUGGUAUAUCUUUGCGAUCAGUGGUGGACUGCAAUGAAUGAUAUCAAGGACAAGUGGAAUAUAUCGAAUCUGUAUCCAACGCUGCUCUUCGUCGAAGCAAUUAUCAAAUUGGUCGAUUUGAUGGAGCAAGGCAACUUUCCAGGUUUCUCCGACAAGUUGCUGCAGUCACGGGCUGCGGUGUGUCUCUACCAAGCAUGCUACAGAACACUACUCCAACAAAGUGCCGAUGGAUCCUGGAACGGCACUGCCGAGGAAACAUCUUAUGGAAUUAUCAUAUUAUCACACGCCCGAAGAUUAUUCCUCUUCAAUGACUUUCAUCUGCAGCUGGACACUGCAAUGGAUCGCGGCUCAAACGUUCUUCUAAAGUUGAACAAGAGAGCAAAAAGAUACACCGCAAAACGUCUCUGGAUUGAGAAGAUUGGCUACUUCUCUCCAGUGUUGUCCGAGACGUAUCGCCUAGCCGCCUUGAGAUCUAUCGUCGCUGCCCAAACAGAAUCCCACCUGGGCCACAGCCUUGCGGAAGAUAAAUCCGUGGUACCAAAACUGUCUCAGCUCUGGCUCCGCACGCCGCUUUUCUCAAAAGUGCCCGAGUGGGAGAUCCGCGCCUCUAUGAUUGAAGGUACUCUGUUCCGGCCGAUUGUGCGGGCGCUUCGUCUGAGUGUCUUCACGAGGAAGGGCGUGGAGGAAGACAAGUACUUUGAUGUGAUACCAUUGGCUUGGCCGACGUGCAACAAUCGCACCAGGACAUUCGCACCGUCAUGCUUCUUGUUCGAGGGAAUGAUGGCAGCGCUGCUAAACUACCAAGUCGACGAAUUCAUAGAAGCAAUUGCUGGUGUCAACUACGCUGACGACAUUCCGGAGCUUCGAAGGCUUAUUGACGAGGUCAUUAACUCGAUCAGUGAUCAAGCUGCCUCAGAGGACAAGACCGCAAACGGCCAUUCCAAGUACGCUUUGAACGGGGCGUUUAAUGGGAGCAAUGGGCAACUGGAUGUAGACACCGCUGUGCAUUCCAACGGGCAUCAUAACGGGGGGCGCAAUGGGCUUCCAGAUAGCAUCGAGAAGAUCAAACGCCAGGAGGUUCUCGUCCCAUUGAAAAAGUUCGUUACACGUGCUCUUACACACCCAGCCAUCCUCGCCGCCAGCCCCUGGGACCGGAAGAAUAUGACUUGCGAGCUCCGAAUUUAUCUUCAAACGCACGUUACCCAGAGCGAGGACAACGUGCUAUUGAAGGAAGGGCGGUUCAGCGAGGGUAUCAUGAGAGAGCACUUCUUUCGAUGGGUGCGUACAACCUCCGCGGACCAUACCUCAGCAACUUACACUUUCAAUUUCGUGAGUUGCCUGUUGAGCGCUUGGAACGAGGAAGGAUCCGAUUGCUUCGCAUCAACGCAAGAGAAAUACUUUGGUGCAGCAAUGUGCCAGCAUUUGGCGACCAUGUGUCGCAUGUACAACGACCACGGCUCCGCAGUUCGAGACUACGAUGAGCGAAAUCUGAACUCGAUUGACUUUCCGGAAUUCUGCGGAGUGGCAGGCGGCCCGGAGCGGACAAUCGAAUCAUUUACGAGGAGGAAGGAUGCACUGUUUGAGGUGGCACAGUACGAGCGCAGUUCGCUUGAAGAUGCGUUCCACCGUAUCUCGAAUCACGCAGCGGGCGAAGAAACACCAGCGCGGCGGGAGAGAAAGAGUCGUCAGAUGGAUAUUUGGUGGCUAUUUUAUAACGUUACCGAUCUCUUUGGACAGAUUUAUGUACUGCGAGAUAUUGGUAGUCGCUUGACCAUUUAG